GCCAACUUCCGUUACAUAGUUGAGUUAGGAGUUUGAGUUUUGAACUAGCGAGUUGCUUGCAUUGCAUGAGAAAAAGAAAGAGGCGGAGAGAGGACGCGGGUAUUUAGCACGGCAAAUGCCAAGGUCCUCGUUGAUAAUGAGGAUGUUGAAGUGUUUUAGCAAAUAAAUGUUAAACUUACAAAGAGAUACAAUUCUACUGACUUUCAAAAGUUUCAGAAGCAAUGGAGAAGCGGGAGAAUUGCUGCCCUUAGCUUGAGACUGAGGCGAGUGAGCGGCGGCGCUUCGGGACGAGGUGACUAUGGCAGGCCUGGGGGAGGCGGUGGACGGCGGCGAGCAGCCGUUCAUGGUCUCCUCGUUGCCGCUGGUGUUCUGCGACGGACAUCCCGUGGCGCUCGAGAACAUGCCGGACCGGAGCCUGGUAAAGUUUGUGCGCUUCCUGCUGAAGUGCGCGCUGGGCGUGGAUGAACACCGGCUGCGCACGGUGCGGCGGCCCUCCUGGUGGCCGCGCACCGUGCCUUACUUCAACCUCAAGGCCAGCAACGAGGUCAAUAAGGGCCACGCGGAGCGGCUGCGCGAGCUGGUACGCUGCUGCUACCGCGGCGCCGACUGCGAGUACCUGAUGCGCUUCUGUGCCGACCUCGAGCCGCACUGCGUCAACGGCAGGAUGGCCUUCAAGAACAACUUCGACGGUAGCUCGUCUCUGUACGAGCUGGCCACCAACCGGCUGGUGGUCACGUGCCGAAACGAAAACCUUGAGUACGACCGUCCGAAGAGCGGGCCGCUGUCGCCUCGUCGGCACCUGCUGCCGCGCCAGCUGUCGCGCAGCGCCAGUCAGCAGCUGGCCAUGGUGCAGCCGCCGCCGGAUGACAUCUUCCUGUGCGACACGUGCAGCGCAGAGUUCAGCUCGGUGGACGCCGUUCAGGCCCACGAGCGGCAGUGCGGCGUUCCGGCCGCCGAAGAGGGCCCGCCGUCCGAUACGGAGUCGGUCACUUCUGAGCCGGAGGUGCAGUGCGCCAGCCAGAGUCGCUUCCUCAGCUACGUGGGACUGGCGCCCGCCGACGGCUCUGGCAAGGAGCCGUACUCGUCGCCAACCAAGCGGGGCGGCGGCGGCGCCGCUGCGUUGGCCCGGUUACGCCGCGGUCCCAGCCUGUUACUCCGCUAUCAGACGAUAGACGUCAGCUCCCCACUGGGCCGGAGACUGGGCGCCGGGCAGCCGCCGUCCGACCAGCACCCGCCCGAACAUGAAAAGUACUGUGAAGACAGCGAGCGCAAACGCUUGGCGCGGCAGCCUUCGUUCCCCGUCUCGUGGCGUCCGCCGCGGAAGGGGCGGCACAUUGUGUACGGCUGGAGUCACCUCUACUGCUUCACGGCCGCACAGCGCGCCGAAAGGCGACGCACCAUCCGCGCCGGUCUGACGGACCAGGCUCGCCGGCUAGUCCAGACCGUGCUCCCCUGCUCAGUAAGACUCACCCGGCUCACCGCGGAGGAGAUCAAGGAGGCGACCCGCCCGAGACCGGCGCCCGUCCAGCCGCUCUGGAGGCCGCCAGCCUCCGUGCGCGGUACACUAUGGCGACCUGGCCAGACACUCGUCAGCCCCGACCCGUACCGCGUGGCCGAUCGGAGCGGUGCCCGGUACGCCACUUCGGCACUCGCCGCCGCCGCCGCCGCGGCAGCCGCAGCCUCGACAUCAGGUGCAGUGGAUCCUCGUGCGGUCUCCGGCAGUGCGAGAGCCCUCAGAACCUUUCGGUCGCCUCGCACGGGACUCCCGGCUGGCAUGACGCGUCCCAGGACAGCGCGAGCAGAGACCACGCCCUUGUCGCUACCUUCUGGCCUCUCCAUCAAGUGUAUCACCCCGCAGAACGUGGCGCCCAAGCCCCAGAUCAAAGUGGCCACAACACCUUCCACUCGGGGGGCCGUGUGGCGGCCGACUCUGGUAGGUACUGGCGGGAAGGUCAUCAAGCCGGCGCUGGUAGGCGCUAGCGUCGUUCUCACGCCGCCAUUGGCUCGUGGACGCAGCCAGGUACGGUACCCGACGGUCAGAGGUCGUCCUCAGAGUGGCGGAGUCAAGGCGCUACGGAAGCCCGUGCCAAGCAAGCCGCUCAUUGGGAAGGAGCUGAAAGAUAAGGAGACUGUCGUGAUCGACCUGUGUUCGAGCAGCGACGAGGAAGGCGACCCACCGCCCGCCGCUCCGCCGCCGCUGCCGCCACCACCGCGGAUCAAAGUGGAGACCACCGCCUCGCAGGCUGCCACGUCAACCAACGGUUCUAGUUGGCAGUCAAAAAACGCGCAUAGCCAUUGGUCGCGGAGCUGCGGGGGCUUGGCCAAUGGUGUCAGCAGCUUUGCCUCGCUCGACGCUGGACACGAUGGCGGUUUGUCGGAUGGACGGCUGACUACAGCGGAAGACACCACGGCCGCGCUCUCUUUAACGCUGAGCCCAACUGUGGCCUGGACUUGUGGAGACCAAGACUGUGGAGCUAUUGGCGCCAAGCGCUAUCAGACAGUGUCAGUCGAUGAAGGCGAUACCUGCUGUGAUGCUGGGUCGGUGCUUCAGUCGUCGCAGAUCAGUCCCAUGGCGUCAGCGAGAGACCCACGGGAGAAGCUUCCGCUGUCUUCGACCGAAGAUCCGCCCGUCUCCUAUUCCCGGAGAACCGACGACGUCAUGGCGGUUUCCGCCAAAGAGCUUCGAGCAGCAUCAGAUCAUGGCUGUGAGGGAGACGCCUUCAAGGUAGACUUCGAUGCGCGCUGGUUCUGGACCUUGGCGAGCCGCGCCGCCUAGCAUCGGCAAAUGCCAACGCCUCGGGUUUCCCCAAGAUCUCAUGAUGCCGUUGGGCUGGGCGAGACAACCAUCAACCACCAAGCCGACGGCUACGAGGCAGCAGCUAUCCAAUCAUCGGGAUUAUAUUGAAAGUGAGCUGGGCGAAAAGAGACAGAUCGUGUGAAGCCUUACCCUCUGUGAAAGGAGAGCCUAGCCAAGCUGCGAAUGCUGGUGGCACUUCUUGAUGGGUUGAGCAAACGAAUGCACAUUGGAUCCCUGAUACCGUGUCGCUGUUGGAAAGCGCAAUGAGUGAUCCCCAGCGCCUAGAGAAGGUGAUGCGAGUGUGACCAGCUUGGCGAUGUGUCCAGCUUCGGAGACGCUUGGUUGGUUGCAGUGCAAGAGUUUGAUUCUGCGCCCCCACUAGCUCUCGUCCAUUGUAACUAAGUUGUAGGUCAUGUGUAAACUUAGCCCUGCUGAAAGCCUUUUCAAAUUUUGUUCUGCGGUUUUUCGCAAUCAAAAACACUAUUUUUGUCAACUGCGAAGUGUUGGUAUGACUGAACGCAUACUAGCCCUGGAAAGCAAGCUUGCAGACUGAACGGUGGUGUGUGUCGGAUGGCGGCUGGACUGUCACCAUGAACAUUAAGUGUCUGGUGUCAAGAGCAGACGCUUGUACUGAGCACUGACCCAAGUCACAACGUUCGCUGUCUUCGUGACACAGAAUCAGUCGAGGGCCAGCUUGCCUGGCUGCGAUUGGUUCCUUUCCUUGAAUGGCAUUGCAGAAGAUCAUUAUCAUAAUCACCUUGCGAGUAGCCGGUAUUCGCCAAAUAUGUCGUUCACCUUGAGAGAAGCAGCUGUGUAGCCGUCACCUUUCUUUCAACACACAAGCAACUCUAGGCACUGUUUAUUGUUUUCGUUUGACAGAGAAGGAUGGGUAGCACUGAGCUGAUUACCGUUUUUGUCACUGAUGUUUGCUGGUCGCACACCUUGCCUCAUUUUCACUAUUUAUUUUAGUUAGUUCACUAGCAGGAAAGCUUUUCUCGAAUAAUGUCCUCGGUUUUCGAUUGAUGUUUUCAUGGGAUACUGGUACGGCUGUGUUGUGGUUAAACCAAGCUGAAAACACCCCACUCUUACAUCUAUUUAUGUGGUUAUCUGUUUCCUCGUUUCAGCCCUGUAUAUAUCGCAUGCGUUUGCAUACGGAUUACGGAGUAUCAGUACACUUGCGAUCCAGUAAGGUGCUGUCCGGUUAUGCUCGGUGCUAUGCUGGUCUACAGAUCAAGCGGCUAUGGGCUUAGUUUGUCACUAGAUGUGCCCUUAACCGAUGACUUCAUUUUGCACAGAAAGACGCCAUGCCGUUACUUUGGCUUACAAUCCUUUGGUAUUGAACUGGGAUUUAGCAUACUCUUUCAUGGCCAGCGUUGCUUUCGUUUCUGAAAGGCCAUACACGCAAAUUACGUCUCACCAGUGUAAAGUUUUUUUUUUCCAUUUCUAACAUAGAAAUAUAUUUUACAGACUGAGUUUUUACAGUUCUAACAGCAUGGAAGAAAUCGUAAUUCACUCUACCAUGCAUGGUGAAAUCGUAUUUGAUCAUCCGUUCCGUCACGACAAAAUGUGGCAUAAAAUGAUUGAUUGGUAUGAUGAUCGGAAUAAGCUACACUAGGAGGAGUAAACUAGGACAUUUGGCACUUUAGGAACGUUACCAGCGUCUGAUAGAUUCGUCGGCCAUUUUAUGACGGAUAUCCGAAACAGACAUUAUGCUGCAGCAUGUCCAAUAGGAUAACCAAGAAACCCCAGUGUGUGGAUGGUUUGGCUCAUCCCGUGUCCGUGUGUAGUUAAUUGCUGAGUUUAUUUUCGCCCACUUACUACAAGUGUACCUUUCGCCUUGAACCCUCAGUCGCUGAACGCCUGAACGCUGAACGCAUUCAUUUGGUCUGCUGUCAAGAUGGCGGGGCUGUGGUCUGUGCAGUUGGGGCCGAGGCCCGACCGAGUAUUGGUCUUUGAUUAGUGUCGCUAGAUCUGUUCAGGCCAAUGAGCUGGUCCGGUGACGUGGUCAUUUAAUGUACAUUGAUGUAUGAUGUCUCGUUCGAAAUCGCCAAUAAAUGUCUGCCCCAUAUAA